CCGAUGUCUGUCGCUUCCACGCUGCCGAUGACGUCAUCCUCUUUGCCUCCGAUGUCACCUCCUCGUCUCCGGCGAGACGCAUCAUGGCCCCACUUGCGUCCGCCUUUCCGACGGCCAAGAGGGUGGCCGUUCCUUGGUCGUCCGCCUCAGCGGCGUUCUUCUCGCCGCCGCCACCAGACUCGUCCCCGGUGGAUUCGGGGACACUUGGGCCGGCGACCCACCUCCAAUUCGCCCCUCCGCCCUCCCUUGACUUUUGUUUCUGUGUUUCUGUUGGUUCCAGCUAUAGGACAUCUGGGAGCUGUCCAUAAGGAGGGGGAUAUUGUCACGGCCUGGGCGCAUUGGAAUGCACACUCAUCUUUGCGCACUGCAAGCACCUCGGGACACGCCCACGGCCACGGCGCACAUCCAGGGACGUGCUGCGCGUGUCUCCGCCCUGCAGCUUCCGCCCUGCAGCUUCCGCCAGCUGCAAUCAAUUACCGGCAAUCGGCACACCUGCCUGUAAUGAAGAAGCUGCCUGGACAAUUUGGCAUGCCGGGGCCGGAAUAUAAUCUCCUGUUGGUGUUCAUUCCCUGUGUGCAUCCCCGAGUCAAGCUGUGCGUCUUGUGCUCCCGGAUAUUCCCUGCUUCCCUCGCGCUUCCUGGUUCUCGACUCCUCGCUCGCCCCCGGACUACGACGACUCGCUCCUGCCUCUCGACCACGCUUCCGCCCUUGGACAUCCCUGCCUGCCUUGCCCCUUGUUUGACAGCACCGCUUCUCCCAACACGCACCUCCAACAUUUACGGUAAAACGUUCCAGAUAAAUACUACAUAGUCUUACACCAUACACACU